UGACAUUGCCACCAACUAGUGGCACUAUACUCUUCUCCCUUCCACAUAUCUACAACAUUUCCUAGGAUAUCAAGAUUUAGCUAAAAUAUUGCAUAGAAAUUUGGCUGUAACUAGUGAUACAGAAUUUUGCUAUGGAGGCUCUCAAUGCAGCAAGUUUGACACCUCUUUCAGUUUUUUCUGAUAGAAGAAAUGAACCCAAAAAAAUCCCAUUUAAGAACCUUUCAAAUUCAGCCAAUUUUAGCACCAAUUCAUCAAAUUCACUAGAUGGUCUAUCAAGAAAAGUUCAUGGGGGUAUAGUAGUACUUUCCUCAGUUUUCACUACAAGUUUAGCUAAUGCAUUAACAUAUGAAGAGGCACUUCAGCAAUCAACUACUAGUACUUCAACACCUGAUUUUGAUGCAAAUGCCUUUGUUGAAACUGUAACAAAUUUUGUAUCUGAAAAUCCUUUAGUUAUAGCUGGUGGUUUUGCUAUUUUGGCUUUGCCAUUAGUUCUGUCUCAGGUGCUUAGUAAUAAUAAGCCUAAUAAGAAAUGGGGUGUUGAGUCUGCUAAAAAAGCUUAUGCUAAAUUAGGAGAUGAUGAGAGUUCAGAAUUACUUGAUAUAAGGGGACCUGUGGAAUUGAGGCAAGUGGGGAGUCCAGAUAUAAGGGGUUUGAAGAAGAAGGCAGUUUCAAUUGUUUAUAAAGGUGAAGAUAAGCCAGGGUUCUUAAAGAAGCUAGCUUUGAAGUUCAAGGAGCCAGAGAAUACCACAUUGCUCAUUCUUGACAAAUUUGAUGGGAACUCUGAAUUGGUUGCGGAGCUUGUCACAGCAAAUGGUUUUAAAGCUGCAUAUGCAAUUAAAGAUGGUGCUGAAGGACCGCGAGGAUGGAAGAAUAACGGCCUUCCUUGGAUACUUCCGAAGAAAACAUCGAGUCUUGAUCUGGGCAAUCUGUCUGAUGCUCUUGAUGGUGUUCUCGGGGACGGUUCUGAUGCUGUUGCAGUAGGUUUAGGUGUAGCUGCAGCUGCCGGGCUAGGAUUUUUGGCGUUCGCAGAGGUAGAAACGAUACUUCAACUGUUAGGCUCAGCUGCACUUAUCCAACUGGUCAGCACGAAACUUCUAUUUGCAGAGGUCAGAAAGCAAACUCUGCAACAAGUUGAUGAGUUCGUCACCACCAACAUUGCUCCAAAGGAGCUUGUAGGUGAUAUUAAGCAAAUAGGGAUGGCUCUUCUUCCGACGCCCGUAACUAGCAAGUCUCUACCUGCACCUGCAGAAACAACUCCUGAAAUCAAUUCAGUCCCUAAACCAGAAGUCAAAGUAGAAGCUCUAACUGAAAUUUCAAAGCCACUUUCGCCAUAUCCUAGUUAUCCCGAUCUCAAGCCUCCAACAUCGCCGAUGCCUUCACAACCUAGUGGCAGUGUGGAGAAAACUGAAACAGUUUCCAAGGUAGAAUUAUCUGCCGAGUCUACUCCGGAAAUCAAUGAAGUCCCUAAACUGGAAGUCAAAGCAGAGGCACUAACUGGAAGUUCAAAGUCACUUUCUCCAUAUCCCAAUUAUCCUGAUCUCAAGCCUCCAACAUCGCCAAUGCCUUCACAACCUAGUGGCAGUGUGGAGAAAACUGAAACAGUUUCCAAGGUAGAAUUAUCGGCUGAGUCUCCAGAAAUCAAUUCGGUCCCUACACUAGAAGUCAAAGCAGAGGCACUAACUGGAAGUUCAAAAUCACUCUCUCCAUAUCCAAACUAUCCUGAUUUCAAGCCGCCAACAUCACCAAUGCCAUCUCAAGCAUAAUAUUGGACUUGCGGAUUCAAUAUAUAAGGUGUAUCAGCUCCACAAUUUCCAGUUGGCGGAGAAUUACAUCGCGAUAUUCUCUCUCAAGUAAAAGCUAGUUCCUCCAUGAAAUAUUGAUUUUGCACCACCUGCAUUUGAAGGAAAAUUCGUAACAGUAGGGAUCCAUAUACUCAUCAUUAUGUCCAUUUCCAUUCUUUAUAAUUUAUUGAUGGAUGUCAUAUAGAUCCAAUUGGUGUAUAAAACGUCAUGUUAUUUUGGCAAUACAAUCACUUCUAAGCAGAAGUGUAGCAAUAUAUAAUGAACAGAAUUUAUAUAAUUACAUACAUUCUGUGCAAAGAUUUUUUUU